AUGGCUGUGCCACCUGAGAUGACUGUGUUGAACACGACUGGCAAAUACAUCAUGAGCAAACGCCUCAGUGAUGAUACAGACGAGCUCCUUCGUCUGCAAGGUCUCGGGUGGUUCAAGCGGAGGAUCAUCAAGAUGGGCACGCUUUACCUCACCGUCCGGCACUUCACCGACGACGCUGGUGUCGAGCACAUCGACAUCCUCCAAUCGUUGUCUGGCCUCUCGGACACAGACGAGAACCGAGCGCUGGACUGGGUCCCGCGCUCACACGAAGACGACACCUUUGGGAAGGUCUCGUCGAGAUCGCGGCGUAUCCGAGUUGACGAAGUCGAGAAUGAAUGGUUGAGAACUGGCUGGACGCCUGAUACGGAGGAGCAUGGGUUGGUCUUCACCCAGGCGGAGAGUAAGCAGGAGGACAAUGGGACGAACUGGGUCGCAGACCAGACUUGGGGCUUUGAAAUGAUCAAUGGCGAGAAGAGAUACGUGAGACACGUAUUCUUUCAGGGUCCGAACGAAGAGAAGAUUACCCUGCGACUUGUAUACGAUUACCAGGGGACGGUGUAA